CAAUAAACAUUUGACAACAGUAAAAUGUACAGUGAAACGAUUCUGAAAUGUCAAAUGGUAAAUUUUUUAACUAAUAACCCAGUAUUGAUAGUGCCUUCCUUUAAUAGCGCCAUAGCUCGGUGUUGGACAACUUUAAAUGCUUUGAAAAUGUCUGCUGUAGCAAGGAUUGACAUCACUCAGCCAUUAUGGGACCAGAGCACCUUUUAUGGGAGAUUCCGGCAUUUCGCAUUUAUUUCCAACCCCCUACUGUCACUUGUGCCGGAAAAGGAACUGCAUGAAGCCAAGGAUUUAUAUUUAAAAUAUAAAACAGGCCAAGAGCCCAAAGGCACCACCAUGGAGGAGGUGGUCCGAGCUAAACAGCUGUACGAGUCAGCGUUCCACCCUGACAGCGGUGAACUGCAGAAUGUAUUCGGGCGGAUGUCGUUCCAGAUGCCAGGAGGGUGCCUCAUCACUGGAGCAAUGCUGCAGUGGUAUAGAACAGCAACAGCAGUGGUCUUCUGGCAGUGGGUGAACCAGUCGUUCAACGCGUUGGUCAACUACACCAACCGUAACGCCAACUCACCGUUGACGACGACUCAAAUGGGCGUGGCUUACGUAUCGGCCACGUCUGCGGCUAUGGCCACCGCGCUCACGUUCAAAUUUGUCGUCCAGAAGCGCGCUAAAAACCCUAUAUUGGCGCGUUUCGUGCCGUUCGUAGCAGUGGCAGCAGCCAACUGGGUGAACAUUCCGUUGAUGAGGCAGAACGAGAUUUUGCUCG